UUUCGAACCAUUGUUAUUUUCCUUCUCGCAUUCGGUCACACUAUUAUCAAACGUAAACAAUUGAUUUUUCCUGCAAAACAAAAGUUGUUGAAAAUGUCGGGAAUCGCUGCUAAAAAGAUUGCCGAAGCGGAGGACCUGGUGAAACAGGCCGAGAAGAGCUUGAAAUUGUCCAUGCUGAAAUGGGUUCCUGAUUACGAUAGUGCUGCGGAUGAGUAUUCCAAAGCUGCCACUGCAUAUCGAAUAGCUAAAAGUUAUGAUAAGAGCAAGGAGUGUUUUCUGAAGGCCAUCGACGCCUACAAAAACAACAAGUCCUGGUUCCAUGCUGCAAAGGCAUACGAGCAGAUCAUUUUGCUGUCUAAGGAUGCCGAUAAGCUACACGAAGUUGAGGAAUACGCCAACAAAUCUGCGAGUUUGUAUCAACAGCACGGUUCCCCAGAGGCAGCAGCAUCCGCCUUGGAUAAAGCCGCCAAGUUAACUGAAUCCAAGCAUCCUGACAUGGCUUUGCGCUUCUAUCAGCAUGCUCUAGAAGUCAUAAUGAUCGAGGAUUCCGUCCGUCAAGCAGCCGAGUAUGCAUCAAAAGUUUCCAGGAUACUGGUCAAACUAAGGAGGUACGACGAAGCCACGAAUGCGCUCAAAAAGGAGAUCAGUUUGAAUCAGCAAACGGAAUCCUACGGACAAAUUGGACGUCUAGUUGUGGCCUUGGUGAUGGUCCAACUGGCUCGCGGGGAUUCCGUGGAAGCCGAAAAGACCUUCAGGGAGUGGGGAAACUGCUGCGAGCCGGAGGAAGUGUCCACACUGCAGACCCUUCUGCAAGCCUUCGAUGACGAGGAUCCAGAGUUAGCUGCUAGGAUGCUGGCAUCUCCAUUCAUACGACAUAUGGAUGUUGAGUACGCUAUUCUAUCUAAAAACAUUCCACUACCUCAGGGUAUACAGAUGGAGAAGAAGGCUGGCGACACUGCUGUUGAAACCAACGACGCCGAGGACGAAGGUGGCUUGUGCUAAAUUUCUUAAUGUUCGGUCUGCUUGUUAGUCAAAAUAUAUUUAUCGUUAAUAAUAUCGCUUUUAACAUAUUAUAUUAACUGUUAAAUACAAAUUUCAUCGCAAUCGUUGUACUAAUUAAUAAAUACUAAGAUCAAUAUAAUACAACAAACAAUUGCUUUGGCCUUGGGAUGAAUUGAAAUUGCAGUAAUAAAUUGUUGCUAUAAUAAGUGUAAGUUAUGUAUAUUAUUCUAUGUUCCAAACAGCGAAUGGCUUUUCAAAUUUGUAAUUCUUCAGUUUUAUUACACGAAAGUAUAGCCCAAUUUGUUAAUAUAAAUAAAUAAAUUAACGCAAACUAUACUUAGUAUUUUUUAGCACCCUAAAAAAAUUAAUAAUAUUUUGAAAGAUCGAAAGUGUGCCAUUUCACCGUUCCAAACGCUACGCAAACGACGCGACGCGUCACGACGCAUGUUGACACUUUGCGGGCGCCUGACAACCCUAACCUGUGCGAAAUAACCGACCAAAUUGAUUCGUCCGGUUGUUCGUGAAAGAAGGCGGAAGGUUAAACAGUAUUUGUAAAAUAUAUACUCGGCGAAGCAGCAAUUUGAGAAUUGUGAAAGCGAAAAA